UACAACCCCGCAUCUCGGAACGACGGAAUGAGCGGAAUUUCCGCGCUGCCAUACAAAUACUCCUUUUCAUAACAACAACAAUAUCUAUCAUCAUCAAUUGUAAACAUGUCCAUCACUAUCACCGGCGCCAAAGGCCGCCAGAUCCAGGUCCCCUCCGGCCUCUUCAUCAACAACACCUUCACCCCCUCGGUCAACAACACCACUCUCCCCGUCGAAAACCCCUCCACCCGCGCUCAUCUCGGCACCAUCUCCGCAGCCAGUAAACAAGAUAUUGACCGGGCUGUCGAAUCGUCCAAAUCUGCUUUCGCAACAUGGAAGACGACCCCCGGCCCAGUUCGCGGAAAGUUCCUCCACAAACUGGCGGACCUGAUUGAGCGAGAUGCGGAUGAUUUCGCAUCGCUCGAGGCAGUCGAUGCGGGUAUCUUGUACACCGAUUCGAUGGGCAUGAAUAUCCCCCAGGCAGUGGGCAAUUUGAGAUAUUUCGCUGGCUGGGCGGAUAAAAUCGACGGCAAGGUGUUGGAGAUUGACGGCGGGAUUGCGUAUACCCAUCGCGAGCCGUUGGGGGUGUGUGGUGCGAUUGUGCCGUGGAAUUCGCCUUUGAUGAUCACAAUCUGGAAACUCGCCCCCGCGUUGGCAGUCGGCAACGUGCUCAUCAUCAAAACAUCCGAAAUGUCCCCCCUCUACGGCCAGAAGCUCGCCCAGCUCGUCCUCGAAGCUGGAUUCCCGCCUGGCGUGGUGAAUAUCAUGACAGGCGACGGGGCCAACGCCGGCACGGCACUGUCGGAACACGUCGACGUCCGCAAGAUCUCAUUCACAGGGAGCAGUAUCGCCGGCCGAAAGAUCCUACAAGCAGCAGCCAAGACGAACCUGAAGAAAGUCAGCCUCGAGCUAGGCGGCAAGGGCCCGUCGAUUGUAUUCGGCGAUGCGGAUUUGGAGAAUGCGCUUCUGUGGACGCGGAUCGGGAUUACGGCGAAUAACGGGCAGAUCUGCGUUGCUGGAUCAAGGAUUUACGUCCAGGAUACGAUUUACGACCAGUUCAUCGAGGCGUAUAAGAACGCCGCUGCCGCUGCGCCUGUUGUUUCUGGGAAUCCGCUGGAUGCGGCGACAACCAAGGGACCGGUGGUGAAUCGGGCCCAGUAUGAGAAGAUCCUCGGGUAUAUCGAGCAGGGGAAGAGAUGCGGCGCGAAGCUACUCUUUGGAGGCGAGAAGAUCGGCGAUGAGGGGUAUUUUGUGCAGAAUACGGCCUUUGCGGAUGUUACGGAGGAUGCGGCGAUUAUGAAAGAGGAGAUUUUCGGGCCGGUUGCUAGCAUUGCGAAAUUCAGCACCGAAGAUGAAGUCAUCGCCAAGGCAAACGAUUCUCUACAUGGUCUGGGUGCGGCCAUCUUCACCAACGAUGUCAGUCGCGCCCAUCGCGUUACGAAAGCGUUGGAGUCCGGUCAAGUCACCGUCAACGCAUGGGCGAUGCUCAGUCCGAAUGCACCAUUUGGCGGCGUCAAGGAAAGUGGAUUCGGACGGGACAUGGGAGAAGAGGCAUUGGAGGGAUGGGCCAGUGUCAAAUCGAUCAAGUAUAAUAUUCUUCCCAAGCUGUAAACUAGAUA